AUGGCGUCAAAAACCACGGCGGAAGAGGCUUCUCAGCCAAAAUUCGAACAUCCAGCCGCUGGGCAUGCGAAGAAAAAGCGUCUCAGCGCAUACGCCAUUGAGCCGAUCAAGGCAUUCUAUAUUUUCCUCGUCGCGAACCUGAUUGCCGCUGCCUUUGCGCCCAUCCAAGAUUGCGACGAAACAUUCAACUACUGGGAGCCGACCCAUUACCUGUCGCACGGCUACGGCCUGCAGACGUGGGAGUACUCGCCCGACUAUGCCAUCCGCAGCUGGCUCUAUGUCGCGCUUCAUUCCAUUGUCGGGAGCUUUCGACGGCUGCUGCCGCGCUCAAACAAGGUCGCCGAAUUCUACUUUGUCCGCUACAUUCUCGCUUUCGUCUGCGCUCUCUGUCAAGUACUUUUCUACCAGGUUGCCAGCACGACGCUCAAUGCGCGAAUCGGUCUCUUCUUCAUGAUUGCGACCGUCACGAGUCCCGGCAACUUUCACGCCGCUGCCGCAUACCUGCCCUCUAGCUUUGCCAUGUACAUGGCAAUGCUCGGUGCUGCUUCGUUUAUGGAUUGGCGCGGCGGUCUCCGAACGUCGCAUGGCAUCUUCUGGUUCGCCACUGGGGGCAUACUUGGGUGGCCGUUUGCUGCCGCCCUGUGCGCGCCAUUCCUGCUUGAGGAGGCAUUUUUUGCGUUUUUCAGCGACAAGGAGGCCUUUAUUGAAUGCAUCAUGCGCGUCGCUCGUGGAGUUGUCGCAGGCCUGAUAGUCUUGUUUGUCGACUUUUUAAUCAACCUCUUCUUCUACAAGAAGAUGGCCGUCGUCAGCUGGAAUAUUGUCAAGUACAACAUAUUCUCAUCGACCGGUGGCCCCGACCUCUACGGCACAGAGCCGUGGACAUUUUACUUUAAGAACCUGGCGCUCAACUACAACAUCUGGUUUGUGCUAGCCUUGCUUGCACUACCACUAUUCGUUGUCCAAAAGUUGGUCUCGCCGUCUGGCCAUGGGUUCCAGACUGGCCUGCGUGCAAUUGUCUUUCUUGCGCCGUUCUACAUGUGGCUCGGCAUCUUCACAAUGCAGCCUCAUAAAGAGGAGCGCUUCAUGUAUCCGGCGUACCCGUUUCUGGCACUCAACGCGUCCAUGUCGCUGCACAUUCUUCUGUCCGCGCUUGGAAAUGCCAAUAAAAAGAGCUUGAUCGGCAUGAUUCCAGCACGACUCAAGCUUUUUGGCGUCGUACUCGUCAUGUUCCUUUCUCUCGACAUCAGCCUGUCGCGCAUUUACGGCAUCUACGAAGCGUACUCGGCACCGCUCAAGGUGUACUCGCCGCUCUGGGGCGACUCAAACGGCGAGGAGGCACUGGGUGGCGAGAGCGACAAUGUCUGCUUUGGCAAGGAGUGGUACCGCUUCCCAUCGUCGUACUUUUUGCCGCGCGACAUGCACGCCAAAUUUAUCCCGUCCGAGUUUCGCGGACUGCUGCCAGGGGAGUUUUCCGAGGCGGAGACGGGCUUCGGGUUCUGGAGCGGGACGUGGCUGCCCACCAACGGGCUCAACGACCGCAACGAGGAGGAUCCAGGCAAGUACGUGGACCUGCGGAUGUGCUCGUUCCUGGUGGACACGCAGUACCCGGCGCGCACAGCCACGGCCCCGCCCCGCGAACCCGAUUAUGUUGCCGACACAUCGCGGUGGGAGACGGUCAAGUGCGAGCGCUUCAUGGACGCGGAGACGACGCCGCUGCUGGCGCGCAUUUUUUGGGUGCCGGACGUGCCUGGCGUGCCCGCGUCGCUGAAGCGGACUUGGGGACAGCACUGCCUGCUUCAAAAGAAGAAGCCGUCGGAACAAGGCAUGUGGGUAGAGCCAGGCGAGAUGAUGUUUGGCUGA